AAUAAGUUUCUUUUCACUCAAAUAAUGCUUUAAAUUAAAACAAGAAUAAAAAAUCAGAAAAAAAUUUCAAAAAAAUUUUCCACUCGAAAAUUUCAUAAGGCUUACCCCUUACGUUUUUUUUGGGAAAUUUUGCAAAAAAAUAAAAUUAAUUUAUUUUAAUGCCAAUUGGUUGAAAAAAGUUUGUUUUUACUCAAAUAAUGCUUUAAAUAAAAAACAGAAUAAAAAAUUAUAAAAAAAUUAAAAAAUUAGAAAAAUUAGAAAAUUUCAUAAGGCUCAUUUUUGCGCCAAGUUUUGCCUAUAACUCGGUCAAUAUCUAACGGAUCGCCAAUCUUUAACUUGUGGUCGAUAGAUGGCACCAAUGACUACAUUUGCUUCUUGGACGGCCAUGCCCUCAGAUGUCUGUGCCAGAAGUUAUUCGAGGAACCAAGUUCCUUACCCUGUUUGAGAAAAUGUAAAAUUUUCCUCAUUUAGACCAAAUUUUGCCUAUAACUCGGUCGGUAUUCAACGGAUCGCCAAUCAUUGACCUGUGGUCGAUAGAUGGCACCAAUGGCUACAUUUUCUUCUUGGACGGCCAUGCUCUCAGAUCUCUGUGUCAGAAGUUAUUCGGGGAACCAAGUUCCUUACCCUGUUUGAGAAAAUGUAAAAUUUUCCUCAAUUUUCUGCAAUUCAGCAAAAUUUUUAAAUGUGAUAUAAUUUAAUGCGAAUUUGUUGCAAUAAGUUUCUUUUCACUCAAAUAAUGCUUUAAAUUAAAAAAAGAAUAAAAAAUCAGAAAAAAGUUUCAAAAAAAAUUUCCACUCGUAAAUUUCAUAAGGCUUACCCCUUACGUUUUUUUUGAGAAAUUUUGCAAAAAAAAUAAAAUUAAUUUAUUUUAAUGCCAAUUGGUUGAAAAAAGUUUGUUUUCACUCAAAUAAUGCUUUAAAUAAAAAACAGAAUAAAAAAUUAUAAAAAAAUUAAAAAAUUAGAAAAAUUAGAAAAUUUCAUAAGGCUCAUUUUUGCGCCAAGUUUUGCCUAUAACUCGGUCAAUAUCUAACGGAUCGCCAAUCUUUAACUUGUGGUCGAUAGAUGGCACCAAUGGCUACAUUUGCUUCUUGGACGGCCAUGCCCUCAGAUGUCUGUGCCAGAAGUUAUUCGAGGAACCAAGUUCCUUACCCUGUUUGAGAAAAUGUAAAAUUUUCCUCAUUUAGACCAAAUUUUGCCUAUAACUCGGUCGGUAUUCAACGGAUCGCCAAUCAUUGACCUGUGGUCGAUAGAUGGCACCAAUGGCUACAUUUUCUUCUUGGACGGCCAUGCUCUCAGAUCUCUGUGUCAGAAGUUAUUCGGGGAACCAAGUUCCUUACCCUGUUUGAGAAAAUGUAAAAUUUUCCUCAAUUUUCUGCAAUUCAGCAAAAUUUUUAAAUGUGAUAUAAUUUAAUGCGAAUUUGUUGCAAUAAGUUUCUUUUCACUCAAAUAAUGCUUUAAAUUAAAAAAAGAAUAAAAAAUCAGAAAAAAGUUUCAAAAAAAAUUUCCACUCGUAAAUUUCAUAAGGCUUACCCCUUACGUUUUUUUUGAGAAAUUUUGCAAAAAAAAUAAAAUUAAUUUAUUUUAAUGCCAAUUGGUUGAAAAAAGUUUGUUUUCACUCAAAUAAUGCUUUAAAUAAAAAACAGAAUAAAAAAUUAUAAAAAAAUUAAAAAAUUAGAAAAAUUAGAAAAUUUCAUAAGGCUCAUUUUUGCGCCAAGUUUUGCCUAUAACUCGGUCAAUAUCUAACGGAUCGCCAAUCUUUAACUUGUGGUCGAUAGAUGGCACCAAUGGCUAUAUUUGCUUCUUGGACGGCCAUGCCCUCAGAUGUCUCUGCCAGAAGUUAUUUGAGGAACCAAGUUCCAUACCCUGUUAAAAUGUAAAGUUUUCCUCAUUUUUGCACCAAGUUCCGUAUCCAAGUCGGUAUCCAACGGAUCGCCAAUUUUUAACCUGUGGUCGAUAGAUGGCACCAAUGGCUACAUGAAGUUAAUGGAAGCAUGCUUCCAGUUAAUCAUGCCACUAUGUUAUUCUUUAAAUCUCUCAAAACCAAUCCCAAGUAUAGUUAUCAUCAAUCCUUGAUAAACAAUUCCGUGCAAACAUGAAUUUUGCGAUGUAAAAUGACGGAUCGACGAAGUGGUUGCUGCAAUCAGGCGUAGCAUCUGAACGAAAGAUAUCAUCUUAAUGACACAUUCCAUCUUUAUCUUGCAACAAAUGUACCUUGGCUCAUGAUACCGAGUUGCUUAUUAAUGUCUACAACCGGUACGACUAAUUGGCGUCCAAUGUCUGGCAGGCGUAAAUGUAACAGUUUUUGCAGCUCCGUCUAGAUUGUCCUAGUAGGGUGCAAAAAACAAAAAAAAAGCAAAACAAGGAUAACGCGUCCAUUUGAAUGCUGAUAAGAAGCAAAGGGACGUGUGCCAUCACCAUCACCGGUACAGUGAGUCAGUGCAGAAAGACCUAAACCAUUCUGUUCCGUUCUGGCAGAGGUUAUAUAAAAUGCAGCAAUACCGCAGCUCGCAACAUCAGAAGCAAUCCGGCAACAGGUUCCCAGUGGUGUACGAACUGUGCACAAUGUUAUCGAACGUUUUGUUUCUAUUUUCGGUGUCCACGUUGGUGGUAUCGGCUGUGAACAUUGACCCACGAUGUACGCGGUACAGCCUAGGCAUGCAGGCCCAGGUUCUAUCGUACGAGCAGGAUUGUCGCAAGUUUAUAAUUUGUGAUAUGAGGGGUAACGGACAGAUGUUGUCGUGCCCAACUGGCCUAUACUUCAGUGAUAUAUCGCAUACGUGCUCGUUCGAAACGACGUCCUGUACGCACGGUGAGUUAAACGGUGCGAUUAAUACACUGCCAUCGGUUCCCAGCCGUCCCGUACAACCAUCCCUGCCUGUGCAACCUCUGCCAGUUCCGAUUCCGAUACCUCACCUUCCGCUUCAACCGCAACCGAUUCCCCUUCCGGAACCACCGAAAAUCCCUCACAUUCCACAUGUCCCACCGGUAGUCGUGGUUCCGGACGUUACCGAUGCGAAACCUCCGAUAUCGAACUGGUUACCCAUUGUUACUGCACCUCCAACAGUUGUUGGUCCCGUAAAAGAACAGUCCGAAGUUGGUCAGCUUCCAGCUGAAAGUGUGUGCUGGGACAAACCGGCUGGUAAAAUUUAUCCCGUCGUACAUGACUGUGGCCUGUACGUCGUCUGUAUGGGCGACAGAAAUGCGAUCGUUCAACGCUGCCCCAAGGGUUUGCUGUACGAUCACAAACAGGAGCGUUGUGAGUUUGCUGAUGCAUCGCGCUGUUCGAUACCCCGCGACGCCGGACAACUGGUGCUGGAUAUAAACGGAGUCGAUAUGAGUCUGCUGGAGGAAGAACGUUUGAAUUCGCAGCUUGAGGAAUCGUACGCCAUUCCGAUGGUGCCUGUGAAGCAGUCUGUUUCCGCCCUCGCCUCGGACAAGGUGCAGCGCGAAAACCAACCGAUACGUACGGUAUCAGAGCUCGAGAAGCAACCGGAACUGGUAGUGGAGCAAAACUUCCUCAUGAUCAAUGAUCACCCGCGCUGUUUGGCACGAAACAAUUUUCACCUGACUGUUGAAUUGCCACACGAUACCGACUGUACGAAGUAUUUGGUUUGCAUUGGACGGGUCGCGAUCGAGAAGAAGUGUCCGAAUGGGCAACACUGGAAUGCAAGGAAUAACUGGUGCGAUUAUGCUUCCGCAGCAGGUUGCACCUUAUAGAAUGGGUAUUGAUGCGCCUCUUUAGUAAAGUACAUAUGUAUGUAUCACAUUGACCUUCACACAAUGCAAAUUCCGAUUUGGGGUGUUUAUAAUUCCGGCAAAGAAAUUAAGUGUAUUACGGUUGUUAUCUAUUCACCAGUAUCUGGAAACAUCGAAACAUCGCACGCCUAAAAGUAUGCAGUCAUUGGGUAGGAUUAGUUGCUAAUAGAAUUGAGAAUAACAACUCUUCUUAGUGAGUCAACUCAGAGUGAAUGAGUCGUUAUUAGGAGUCAGUUCGUUUAACGACUCAUUUCGGAAUCAUAAAAAAAAACCGGCAUAAACGUACACGUUCAGGUUCGGUCAUUUUACUCGCUCAUGAGUGUAAGCUUGUAACCGUGGUGAGUCGAGUUGCAAAAAGAGUAAAUAUGUGAGUUGAGACGAAAAUGAGUUGAAAUGAAAUGUUUGAUACACAUGAGUUGAAAAGGAAUACAUGUGUACAUACCCAAACUAGCCAAAUAAAUAUACUGCUCGCGCUGCCUAACUAUCAAACCUGCAUAAGCGAACGAGCGGGCUAGUCUGAAGGACAUUUUAGUAUGUUUAUUAUCCUAGUCAAAGGCGGAUCAUCCACUACGCAAACUAAGCGGCCACGGGGACGAUUGAUCCAUUUUUGGCGCUUGCAGACUGCAAUAUGCAUGUCUUACAAUAUUGUAAUACUUUACUUAUUUUCUUUCGUCGGUUGUGGGGCUCCAAUCUCUUAAGGCUAUACCCUUAGCUUUUUUAG